AUGAAUCUGGGAUACGGAAAUAAGUCUCCCACCUCGUUGGCACAAGCACUAGCCAAUGCCGGCGCCAUCAAUUCUCCUGCUUUCAGUCUUUGGUCCGAUAAUAUACUGCUCGGCGGUAUUGACAACCUUGGAAAUCAAACCUUUCCCAUCGUUGAUGUCUCCCAUCUCUCAAAGUCCUUUCGUAUCAACAUGGAUGGCUGCUCGGCCAAUGGGUCCAGCCAGGCCUCGGACAAGUUCCCACUUGACGCUCUUUUAGACACCUCCUGGUUUGUGACAUACGUGCCCAAGUUGGUGGCAGAGGCCUUGUGGUCACAGCUAGGCAAUGUAUCUGCCCCGGAUGAAUGGGACGAUCAGCGAGAGCGCAACCAUCGGAUUAGCCAGGUUUACUCGGUAUUUGACCUUGAGAAUGACCAAAUCUCACUAGCAAAGCGAAAUAAGGACGUUGCUCCGGAUGACAUUGUUGAGAUUUCAUCGGGCAAGGAUGGUGUUACUGGAGCGAAGGGCUCGGCCGGUCCACACGUUGGAGGAGAUUUGAGCAUGACUGCCUUGGUAGCUGCUACCGCUAUGCUGAUAAUGGCCUUUUAA